UUGUUACCGACGGUUAGACGCUGAACACUGAAUCUGGCGUGCGGUACUUAAACACGCAGCUCUCUCUCUAAAUCUUUUUCUUUAUUUUAUAAACUCUAUUCGUAUCUAUUAUUUUCGAACGAUCGUUAAUAUUAUUUAUAAUAAUUUUAUUAUUAUUAUUUUUUGUUUUUUUUUUUUAGAAUAUACAUAUUUUAGUGUUGUUUAUCGUUUUGUGUACCAUAUCGCGGUAGUCUCUAAUGUGCGUCGACGUUUCACGCGAUCCGAGACCGUCCGUUUCGAGCCGUAUCACGACAACGGGUCCAGUUCGAUAGUAAUACUUGUGAAAAUAAUUUAAUACAGUUUAAUGAAUAAAUAAUCAGUAGGUACAGCACACAACAGAGAUAUUCACAAAAAAAAAAAAUAAUAAAAUAAAUAAAUAAGUAAAUAAUACAAUCGUAAUAGUCACGGACAUUUUUUAUGACCGGUUUAAUAGAACGAUGCACACAUUCCGGUUGCCGGAGUUCCUGAAAUGCGUCAAGAAUUAUCUAAACAAAAAAGGACGUGGCGUCUGGCUUUAACUCGCCGACAAUAUACGUGUACAACAAUGACAAGGUCACCUUGUAAUGUCCUGUGGAACGGUCGAAAUUUAAUGGCGGUGCAACUAUAAGUACACCGCGUGAUGGUGCAUUGUUCAAUGGGCCAAACUUUUGGUAUGGGUCACCAUCGGUACCGUCGAACCAAAUAUCGCCACAACAAUAACAACAAAAACACCAACAACAACAACGACGAUGCAGGAUUGCAAACCAGAGGAAGCGGCGGGGAGGAGCUGCGAAUGACUGCAGAGCCCUGUGGUGGCGGAGAACUGAUUCGGAUUACUACCCUGUCGUCACCUGGACUGCAAAGUCCGUCGUCCAAGAGCCAACACUAUGACCCGGAAUACGCGAAAAUCGAAGCAUGGCUCGACGAGCACAGGGAUUUCACUUACGAUUAUUUUCUCAGAAAAGCUACUAGAAACAUCGUGGACGCCUGGCUCGUUUCACACGCUUCAGCUAGCAGCUGUGGUGCCACUAGCGGCAGCGCCUGCGGAAGUAGCGGAGGAAAUACCGGCGGAAACGCGACGAUGACACCGACGGGAAUCGAACGUCAGCAAUCCAUAGGCACAUCUGGUUGCAGUGGCGGUGGUGGUGGCAAUAGUGGCACCACCACACCGGUGCGUAAGAUAUCAGCACACGAAUUCGAGCGUGGCGGCCUAAAGCCCAUGGUGACCACUGUGGAUGGGACACCCACAUUCCUUGCGUCUUACGAACAUCCGGACGAAACGACCACGGCACCGGUGGCAAGGAGACGGUCCAGACACGAGCUUCGGCAACUUGAUGAGAAGCAGCUCAUCUUUGAGUUGGUGAAAGACAUAUGCAACGAGCUGGACGUGCGGUCGUUGUGCCACAAGAUCCUGCAGAACGUCAGUACGCUGUUGAACGCCGACCGCGGUUCGCUGUUCCUGGUCCAGGGCGGCGGACUGUCGGCGUGCCAGCACGAUCACCACCACCGGCCCGCGAAACGCGUUUGCAGCCCGCGCAGACCGCACGCUAGCAUUACCGUCGGCUGCUUGAGCAAAGACGACCAUUCCGCCUCCACAGCCGCCACUGCAGCCACGUCCACCGCCUCCGCAACGUCUUCUACCGUCUCCAACACCAUCAUCACCACCACCACCACCGCGUCCACUGCGUCCGCCGCGCCCACCGCGUCUACCGCGGCCGCGGUCGACGAGCCACCCCGCUCCGCCGUCUUCCACCACCAACAGAACCAUCUGCACCACAUACCCCCGAACAGCAGUCAUCACCACCACCACCACCAUCACCAUCAUCAUCAUAAUAAUAAUAACAACAGCAACAAUAACAACAACAACAACAACCGCAAUCUGAACCGUCAGUCGUCGUCUUCGUCGUCGUCGUCGGCGGCGGCGUGCAACGAACGUGUUCCUAUUGCGCAGUGCAACGCGCCGGCGGUCCCCGCGCAAGUGAUGGUGCCCGUCGAAGAAGCGGCCGUGGGCGGCCUGACCGCCGGGUCGCCGAUAGGGUCCACCAACGUCGGAUCGCUACAGGCGCCGAUGAACGCCACCGCCUCGCACCACUUUCAGGGCUGCCAGUCCAAGUGUUUGGUGUCCAAGCUGUUCGACGUGUGCUCGCGGUCCACGCUGCAGGAGAUGGAGAAGAAAAAAGAAAUUCACAUACCGUGGGGCACGGGCAUCGUCGGGUACGUGGCGGAAAGCGGCGAGCCUGUCAACAUACCGGACGCGUACAAGGAUACACGUUUUAACCACGAUAUCGAUGCCCGUACUGGCUAUAAAACGCACAGUUUACUGUGCAUGCCGAUCAAAGAUUUCAACGGUGAAGUAAUGGGUGUAGCACAAGUAAUCAACAAAAAAAAUGCCCCGUGCUUCACUCAAAACGAUGAGAAAGUUUUUGCUGACUACUUGCAAUUCUGUGGCAUCGGUCUCAGAAAUGCGCAGCUUUACGAAAAAAGCCAGUUAGAAGUGAAAAGGAAUCAGGUGCUAUUGGAUCUCGCACGUAUGAUUUUCGAAGAACAGAGCACAAUAGAGCAUAUGGUUUUUAGAAUUCUCACGCACACUCAAUCGCUUAUACAAUGUCAAAGGGUCCAGGUAUUACUGUUGCACGAGGCGUCCAAAGCAAGCUUUUCGCGGGUGUUCGACUUGGAAGCGAACGACUUGGAGGGGAAGGACAACGAGCGGACUAGCCCUUUCGAAAGCCGAUUUCCUGUCAACAUUGGUAUAACCGGUUACGUGGCCACUACCGGAGAGACCGUAAACAUUGCAAACGCUUACGAAGACAGCCGUUUCGAUCAGUCAGUAGACGAAGACACUGGUUUCAAACACUCCACCGUGCUGUGCAUGCCGAUCAAAAAUUCGUCCGGUCAAAUCAUCGGAGUGAUACAAUUAGUCAACAAGUUUGAUGAUCUCUUAUUUACCAAAAACGAUGAAAAUUUCGUGGAAGCGUUUGCCAUAUUUUGUGGCAUGGGAAUACAUAACACACACAUGUUUGAAAAAGCCAUCAUUGCCAAUGCAAAACAAAAUGUUACAUUGGACGUGCUUAGUUACCAUGCUUCAGCUUCACUGGAAGAUGCACAAAAGUUGAGGGCUUUGCAAGUGCCAUCAGCUGUUACAUACAAUUUGUAUGAUUUUUCUUUUGAUGAUAUUUAUAUGAGUGACGAUGACACAUUACUGGCAAGCAUCAGAAUGUUUAUGGAUAUGGAUUUAGUUGAACCUUUUCAUAUUGACUAUCAGGUCUUGUGUCGAUGGCUGUUAAGUGUCAAAAAAAAUUAUCGAUCAGUAACUUAUCACAAUUGGAGGCAUGCAUUCAAUGUUGCUCAGAUGAUGUUUUCCAUUAUUACUGCAACACGGUGGUGGCAAGUUUUUGGUGACUUAGAAUGUCUUGCCCUCAUUAUUGCUUGUCUUUGUCAUGAUUUGGACCAUCGUGGAACAAACAAUUCCUUUCAAAUAAAAGUUUCCUCACCACUUGCACAACUAUAUUCAACCUCCACUAUGGAACACCAUCAUUUUGACCAAUGUUUAAUGAUAUUAAAUAGUCAAGGUAAUCAAAUUUUAGGUAAUUUAUCUCCAAAUGAGUAUUCUCGCGUUAUUAAAGUAUUAGAAGAUGCUAUUUUAGCCACUGAUUUAGCUGUAUACUUCAGAAAACGAGGGAAGUUCCUAGAACUAGUUCGUACGGGUAUGUACGACUGGACCAGAGAAGAGGAUAGAGAACUGUUUAGAGCUAUGUUAAUGACUGUAUGCGAUUUAGCCGCUAUUACCAAACCAUGGGAGAUUGAAAAACGAGUGGCUGAACUGGUUACUAAUGAAUUUUUUGAACAAGGUGACAUAGAAAGAAGAAAAUUUAAUAUCACACCUAUUGACAUAAUGAAUCGAGAAAAAGAAGAUCAGUUACCAAUGAUGCAAGUUGGAUUCAUUGACUCAAUAUGUUUACCCAUAUAUCAGGCGAUUGCCGAUCUGUCAGAGAAACUUGAGCCAUUGAUCGAAGGGGUACGACAGAACAAAACUCAUUGGUUAGAAGAAUCCCAACAGACGUAUCAUCCACAGAGUCACAGUUAGAUGUGUAAUACAAUUAUAUAUAUUAUACAUUGGUGUUUGUAUGUGUUAGUGUGUGUCUAUGUUUGAUUGUGUGUGUGUGUGUUUGUGUGUGUGUGUGUGUGUGUCCUGUAUUUCCAAACUAGAUGUCCACACUAUUAAAAAAACCAAUCUACCUAACUUCCUUCUCAUUAGAAUUUAAGACUUAAAAGAACAUAAAUAUUAUUUUACCUUGUAUGUUUUUAGUUUUAAACAAAAUAGUAUUUUCUGUGUUAUAGACUUGUAUA